AUGUCUAAAAGCAUAAGUCAGGCACCAAAUUCUAAGAACGCCCUUCUAAAAGAGCUUAUCAGGACAUCUCCAAAGAAAUACACAGCAAUUCUCUUGUCUGACUCAGAAGAUGAAGGUGAAAAGAAAGCAAUUUUGAUCUCAGACUCGGAAUUGGAUGAUGACGAAGAUGAAUACGCUAAUACAAAAGCACACAAGCAAGAUAAAUACAACAACAAGAAUGAUCACUGCAGAUUUGAUAACAAACCGCGAAAUCAAAUAGCUAGAGGUAUUGAUUUCUCCUCAGAUGAAGAUGAUGACUUUGAUGACGAUGAUGAUACUUAUACAUCAUUCGCUGAGUCAGACUAUUCAAAUCAAACUGGUGAUUACUCAGCCUAUUCAAACAGCACCUACCAAAGUAAGACAUACUCGAGCUACUCAGGCUCUGCAGUUAGUUCACAGUAUUCUCACUGUUCUGAUUACAGCGAAAAGAAAGUCUGCCCAAGAUGUUCCAAAGUACUUUCUUCUGACUCAUACCUCUCUUCCGAAGAUGAGAGUGAGGAUGAGUCUGAAUCAUUAAGUUCUGAUUCUGAGCUGAAUUCUGAUAGUUUCGAUGAUUCAUCAGAUUCAUUUGAACUUCCAGUUCCUAAGUUCAAUAAGACAUUUGACCCACGCAAAGAGCUUGCAAAGCAACGUCGUGAAGCUGGCAAUCGCGCUAUUCUUGAAAAGAGAGCUAAAUGCGAGAAUAUUCCAACACCUCAAGUCAUUGUUUCUCCAAAGAAGCCAUCACCAAUGCGUCUUAGAAAGCUUUCAAAUCUUUCUAAAGUUGAUGAAAUAAUACAGAAGCGCAAAGAGAAAUUAAUCAAGGAAAAGGAGGCAGAAAGAAAGAGAAUGGAAGAGGAAGCCAUGAAGAAAGCUCAAGAAGAAAUGGAACAGAGGAGAAAGGAAAGUGUGAAGAACCUCCUUGAAUCUCUCGGGGAAAGAAAGGCUCAUCCACAACGCUAUGUCGCAUUAUACCGUAGACAUCGCAAGUAUAUUGAUUCUGAUUCUGAAAGUGAAGCUCUUUCAUCCAGUGAUAAUUACUCUGAUGAUAGUGAAUUUUAA